AUGUACACCAACACCAUGUACUACUCUCAAAUCACCGACCACAGGACGCCGCUUUGGGUCAAAAUCAAAAGACCGUUAUGGCGAAGGAAGGGACCUCGAUCCAGCAUCUUGUUCUUGUUCGUUGUCCUCAUUGGGACCACGGUUUAUCUGGCCAUGUCCCGGGAUACCACAGACUACCGCCACAGCAAUCGAUACAAGGUCAAACUCCAGAGCUGGUUAGGUGGAUCGAAUCCGCCCAAGCAAGCGGAGCCCUCGGCCAUUCCUGACAACAACACCUUCGAUGUCAACAGCUCACUCGCCUCCAACCUGAACCAGACCCUCAAUGAAGAGGACAACGAAGCCUCCAAACCCCCCAAGAGUGAGGAAAUGGUUGAGGCAAUCAAGGGUUCAUUUGCGAUUGCUGCCGACGAAGAGGACGAGAAAGUCUCUCGACCUCCCAAAAGCGAGAAACCGGCUGAAAAAGUCGAGGAUCCGUUUGAAACUGCUGCCGACGAAGAGGACGACAAACCCCCUCAAUCACCCAAGGGCGAGAAACCGGCUGAAAAAGGCAAGGAUCCAUUUGAAACUGCUGCCGACGAAGAGGACGACAAACCCUCUCAACCACCCAAGGGCGAGGAACAGGCUGAAGACGUCAAGGGUCCAUUUGCAAUUGCUGACCCGGAACCGCCACUUGCCAACGUGGAAAUCGACAAGAAACCGACCCCUGCGUCCGACGACGCUCGAGUCGAGGACGAAUCGAACGAGUCGAAACAGCACUUGUCACUGGAGAAGAAGGCCGAAUUCCUUCCAGAGUUCAUCUGGGUCCCGUUCGAGGAGACGGUCAAGGACGAGGUCCUCCAGGGUUGGGAAGACGAAUGGGUGAGUUCAGGGACGUACGACUGGGAGAAAUGGGGAGAUCUGGAAGAACCCAAGAUCGAUUUUGUCUAUCUGUGGGUCAAUGGUUCCGAGCAGGAUUUUCAGGAUACCAUCAGGCCGUGGGAGGAGCGGUCGAUUCUGAAUGAUGCCGAAGGAGAAUGGAUCAAGUCCCACGGCAUGAACAGAUACCGCGACUGGGACGAACUGCGCUAUUCUUUUCGCAGCAUCGAGAAGAAUGCUGGCCAUUUCAUGAACACCAUCAAAGUCCUUGUCAACUCGAUUUACAGGAAUGGGGCUCCUGUCAGGAAACAGACGCCCACGUGGCUUGCUGUCGAUGACCCCAAGGUCUCCAAGCUGGUUCAGGUUAUUUCUCAAGAGGAGAUGUUCGAGGACGACAAGAAAGUCUGCUUACCGGCGUUCAACUCCCUGACAAUCGAAAAUCAAAUAUUCAACACAGAGUCGGACGUCGACCAGUUCUAUGCCAUGUCCGACGACAUGUUGCUUACACGUGAGCACGCCCCCGCCGACAUUUACUCGCCACUGUUUGGAGCGGUGUUGAGCUUCAAGACCAAUGGGUACAGCACUACCUCUGCCCCGACCGAAGCCGACGCACAACGGUUCGGUGAAAAGCCAUAUUUGAUCUAUACCUCGUGGCUUUUGAAUCGUCGGUUCGGCGUCCGAAAACGCAAGGGCCAGAGUCACUUUGGACAUUCCCUGUCACGAAGCAUUAUGCGAGAGGCGAUCGAGGCAUUUCCACGCUCCGAGAUCCAGAGUGCCUGUAAGCGGUUUCGAGGCGAGCCCGGAUUUCAGCUUUACUCCUGGUAUGUGAGCAACCACUAUGUAAUCGAACGUCACCGUGAACUCCUCUUGUGGAGCUACAUCAUGCUGCGGAGUGACGUCGACCGAGAUGGUAUCUUGUCCUGGGAGGAACGCACGAGGAUCGUUGCCGAUUUGGCUGAAGGGGCAAAGAAUGCCGACAAGGCAACGUUCCGCCGCAAGCUCUUCUACCAUGUCCCAUCCAUGCUUGAAGAGGCUGGCCUCCGCGCGCCCCAAGUCAACACCAAUUCCUUGUGGACGUCUCUCGACGGACCUCAUGCCAUUCGGAAUGUCGACUGCACGGAUUUCUCGAUAGACGACUGCCUAGCACCGGGCUUUCUCUCCGACAAUUCGCCCCCGUCCAGCACGAACCCGACAUUCAGCUCGUCCGUCAUCUUUGACCGGCUGGCUCGCCAAAACCCGCAUUGCGGUGACUGUCUGUUAAAGGGACUUCUUCAGCAGACACCGUCGGGUUUGGAGCCACUGUUGCCGAACGCCGAGACUCAAGCCGCCGACCGCGAGAUAGUGAUCAAAGGCGCCAUGCGCUACAAGUUCACCGAGGUUGAUCCAUCGGACACGCUCUUUGUCAUGGUGACCGACGCCGACCAGAUCGACAGCACCUUAUACCGGCAUUAUGUCAAAGGAGGCAAGCAGCUUCCGGGUCAGAUGUGCCUUAAUGACGAUGUUAUCACGACCGAUGAGCAGGAGCUCCAGGAUAUUCAGAAAGCAAUGAGGGAGACGCUCGCGGGGCUGUUUCCUCGUAAGGGCAGAGCCGAAUUACUUGCCCCCAAUGCCGCAGUCUCCAAGGAGACCAAGGUGGAUUUGUCCUCCUCCUCCACGUCUGCGCGACAAGCGCCUCAAAUCUCGGGCCAGAUGGACCUCGGUCAUGGAGGCCUGCGUCGCCAGGCCUUCUCCAAGCUUGCGGCCCUCUCCUCAGUCCGAUCCUCGACCCGUGAGGCGGAAUUCAAGCGUCUAACAUCGGCAGCGCCGUCCAUCAGGCCCCAGACGAACGGUGGUGUUCUCGAUGGCGUCCUUCGGGCAAUUGCACCCAUUUCACGGGUGCCUAUGUCGCCCCGCGAACUCGAUGUCUUGCUCGCCUUGUGCGCAAGUGCUCACGACUUGCACGAGCUGUCUCAUGCCGAUCGCCUGGUCAAGCAGUUGACAGCUUACCUGCCCGAGUCACAUUCCCAAGUCUUCUCAUCCUCGCCCUUUGUCCAGGAAAUCAGACCCACGCCGUGGACUGCCCUCACGUUCCAACUUACAAAGGCGCUACUCGUCCUCGGACUCAGAUUCCCCCCUUUGAAAAACGCGGUCGCGUACAGCAUCAAGUUGUAUACACAGAAUUGGUCCCAGUCUGCUUCGGCACUGGCAGCUGUUGGGGUUGGCGAGCAAGAUUCAGACGACGACGACGAAACCCAGGAAAUUGCGGCGAUAACGGUGUCGUUGAUCGGGUUUCUGGAUGCGGCGGCUGCUCAUGGCAACUUCUGGUCCCCUUAUGAGACAGUCGAACUUAUUCGCUGCUUGAAAGAAGCUUUGUCAGAGCGUUUCCUGAUAGCCGUCGAGACUGCCUCGUCAGCUAUACGGAAUUCCACGUCUACUGAUCCUGCAGAUCGUGAUUGGAGAAAAUACUUGAAACGAUUCGCAGCACAGGGACUUCCAGUCGGAGCCAUGGUGUUACAAAAGGGCUUCAUGAAACUGGUACUUGCGUGUACGGCCAGAAUGUUAUGCGAUGAACACACGGUAGAGUGCGGAGACAUACUCGAUCAAUACAUCGCGGGCAACCACCUAAACCGGGCCAAAGAUGACACUAUUACGGAUGACAUGGUCGCCUAUCUGGUGGACAUUGUCAGUGAGCAAAUGCGUGUGCUCGAGGAUGGCUCGGAUUAUUUACAGCUCAGCUCAGUCUGGCAACAGCGUCUUGCGUUUUCUGUCAAGGCAUACGCUGUAGAGGCAUAUCUGCAUUGCUUGGUUCUGGACGAGGAAAUCGCAGAUGCCGAGGACCUGGCCGCAUGGCUUGAAGACUCGAUUGCCAACCAAGUUCAAAUGGCAGAUCUCGACCUUGCGGACAUAGUCUUGAAAACCAUGGCCGUCGUGGCCAAACACAUCCCCGAGGGUGCAAACAAUUACGCUCGGGCCCUGUUAAGAUUCAUUGUCCGAGGCACCUCCCGACCACCAGCAGUUGCCAUCGCUGCGCAAAGCUUGUCGCAUAUCUUGAGGAUGCUGUCACACGAUGCUAUUAUCACCACGAUAUAUUCACUGGGAAAUGUUCUCAGUUCGCAAACAGGGGCCGAAAAGGUGCACCAGGCUCACGGGUUGUUAGAACACCCGGGUCACAAUGGGUCCAUGUCAUCUACGACAAGACUCCGAACUGGGAGCGUCAUCUCGCUCUCUCUGAGUGGUGACGAAGAAACAUCGCUGGUCUGUGGCAACGUCGCAGAUGCAAUUGUUGUCAUAGCCACCGAAUGCAACGACAACAAAAUAAUCGCUCUGGCACAGAUGAUGAUGUUACAAAAGGUGGGGAGAAUCAGCGUCGUGGUGGAUGCUCGCAUUAUUGAAGAAGCGGCAAAGCUCGCCAUUUUUGGCAAGGAGAACGAGUUCAAGGCUUUGAUCAGACUAUACAGUCGAAUGCAUCACGAGGCCGUAGCUCAGGAAAACUCCAUCAUCAUGCAAGCUAUCCGCAACGCGCAAGAAUACUUGGCAAUCAACCUCGAUAACCGAUCGCCACUGUUCAAGAUCUAUGCCAUGCAGCUGCUGGAACGGGUUCUCAGCAAGGGGGAUGUUGUCGAAGGCGAAUUCAAGCAGUCUGCGGAAGUCGAACAGGCUGCAAAAGAGAUAGCACCUCUCCUCAAGCCGCUGUCUAUUCUUGCUUCUCGAAAGCCUGCGCUAACCAUCGAGAGCACACUUGCCGAAGAUGGCGAUGUGCUAAGCAUGGUUAGAGAGGUCUGGUACAACAUGGCUGUGCACGGAAUCACUCUCCAGUCUCGCAUCGGCCAGCAGCAUUACCAUGAGUUGCGGGUGUUGGCCAUGAACUCGAUGCCUCUCGUGGACGAUGACCGUGCCGAGCUUUUAGAAUCAGAUGUGGAGAUCAACACCGUCCUGCGGAGAGGAAUGAACUCUCAUCACAUGAACGACCAAAAGAAAGCUCUUCUUUUCGCUAUCCCCGAUCGAGAAUCUGACAUCGGAAAGUUGAGUUACCAGAAGGUCGUGUUUUUGAAUGCUGUGUUUCUUGUUGAAAGCCUCCGAGCGGUAUCUGGAAGCUGUGCUGAGAUCCUGGACUAUUUCUCGGAUCCGACGACGCAGACCAGCCAUAUGGGAUCAUGUCUGGGCUCGAUUGCGAACGAGGUUGUCAAGAGGUAUACCCAGAAAGCUGUGGCUGGCAAGGACGAUGAUUUCAGCGCCCCGUAUGUGUCGCGACAACUCGCUCGGAUCCUGAGUGGCUGUUGUCACCGGAGCAGUAAGAUGCAAGAGGUCGCAAGGGCAGCAGCCAACCAUAUCAUCAGCUUUGUCCCUUCGGCCUUGUGUCAAAAGUCCGCCUUGUUUGCUUUACUGGAGCUCCUCUCUUUAAUGUGGUCCAGCUGUCUUGAUGCAGACACUGACGAGUACGAGUGGCGGCCCAUUCUCACCUCGACUCGAGGCAAGAUCACGGUUGAGUUAUCCGACGACUACGCAUUCCGCAAGCGCACUCUGCAGACGCUGCAUAGUGAUGCCAGGAAAUGGGUGACCAUGGUAAUGGGGGUCGCACCUUUGGACGUCAAGGGCCUACUCCAAACAUACCUCUCCGAAUUCGAUGACACUGGGGCAUACGGACAUAUUUCCCUGGGCAGAUCGUUUGCUCUGGAAAUGGGCUCCAUGAUCCCCCCGACGGAUCGUAGACUGAACGCCAUCGACCGAAGAAAUGACUCAAUGGACAUCAACAUGGCGUCCGAUUUUGUGGCCCAAUACACUGCUCGGCAAGAAUAUCGAUUUACAGGAAUCCCGGACCACCACCGCGACGAGAUCUACAUGGAUGACACGACCGGACGAAGAUCUUCCCUGCAGAGGCCGUCUGCUGAUCCAAUGCCUGUUUUGCAAGAUGCACUCCUCGACCUUCACAGGAAAACGAGUCUGAAGGUCCAUGUUAAAGCGUUCGAAGUCCAGGAUGUUCUGCGACGCGCGGCGGCUCUCCUCUGCCAGAGCAAGAAAUCGCAGACAGCUAUUGUGCACUACCUAGUCAAUAUUCCAUUCGCCAUUUUCACAAAGGAGUCCAUUAAACUUGGUAUCUCCUUGUGGCUUGGGGUCAUCCACGAGAACACCAGGAUGGAGCCCCGAAUCUUGACAGAGGUUGCGCAGGCCUGGGAAAGGACGAUUGAUCGCAAAGUGGGUAUUUUCAGCCCCAAUUUCGAGCAACCAGAUCCAUUUUAUGUCAAGGAAGAGUUCGCUCCAUCUGACAGAGCUGCGCUGCACAAAGAAGCACAAGCAGCGCACAACACCAUCGCGCCCCAUUUCAGGUUAAUGCAAUUUUUCGAAAGUCAUUUCAAUGCCAUCAGACUUGGAAGCGCCAAUACUCAACGUACAUUUCUCCGACUGCUAGAGCGAACUCUUCAUGGCUUUAUCCGCAUCAAGGGACAUCCCCUUCUGCGCGACAUCCAAUUCCACGUGGUCCUUUUCGCUCUUCGAGUGGUCAAAAAUAGCACAUGUCUCAACAAGUUGUCUAUGUGGAAACUGAAAGAUCUUAUUCUGUCUGUCGGACUGCAGUGGUUUGCAAAGCCACCAUACUGGUCCUUCGGUGGCAAUCGGUUGCAGUUAAAGGCUGAGGUUCAAGUGAUGCAGGAUGUUUUGGCAUUGUUGCAAGGUACCCGGACACCCAUAUUUCCAGCUUCGGCGACCAGAAAAGACCCCCAGCAGAAGCACGAGCUUUUAGAGGCUCUUCUAACGAACGAAAUCAACCGGCUGAACGUUUGGUUGUCACCCCUUGGGCAUUCGGGCCACCAAGCCCAGCCUGAGUCUCAAGUUGCAGGCCUUGUUCGGACCGCAUGGGCCGAGGACCCAGCUCUCGCGGUACAGCUUCUCGCACGAUUCAACCAUGACCAGCUUCGCCGCGAUGUCCGAUUCCUGCUCCUCAAUCAACCCGAAAAAGCCUUGCACGAAGCUAAUGCAGUCGAUUUGCUGCUUGGCGACAGACUGGCAUCAGACUUGUCGUUCCAAUUGAAGUAUCUAUUAUACUGGCGUCCGGUCAAUCCAGUUCAGGCCGUGACGUACUUCAUGCCUGCUUUUGGUAAUCACCCAUUCAUCAUCCAGUACGCGAUGAGAGCUGUGGAGAGCCACUCUGUUGAUGUUACAUUCUUCUAUGUCCCACAGAUUGUACAGAGCCUACGGUAUGAUACGCUGGGAUACGUUGAGCGGUACAUCAUCGAGACGGGCAAAUUUUCCCAGUUGUUUGCUCACCAGAUCAUUUGGAACAUGAAGGCCAACGCAUACAAGGAUGAGGACUCGCAAGUGCCGGACCCUGUCAAGCCUACACUGGAUAAAGUCAUGAACAGUCUGAUCUCGAGUUUCUCCGGCGAAGACAAGGACUUUUACGAGCGAGAGUUUUCCUUCUUCAGUGAGGUGACCGAUAUCUCGGGCAAACUCAAGCCGUUCAUCAAGAGGCCUAAGCCAGAAAAGAAGGCCAAGAUCGAAGAAGAGCUUCGGAGAAUCAAAGUCGAUGUCGGGGUCUAUCUUCCGAGCAACCCUGACGGUGUAGUGGUGGGCAUUGAUCGGAAAUCCGGCAAGCCGUUGCAGUCUCAUGCAAAGGCCCCGUAUAUGGCAACUUUCCGCAUUCGCAAACAGAAGGGGGCUUCCAAUGAGGAGACGAGCGACCUGAUAGAGUCGGCACCCAAGGUUCAAAUCGCCCAUCCCAAGAUCAGCCACAGCCGCAGAAAUACAAGUGACAUCUCCAACGUUGAGUUGAACGAUGGAAAUUUGUCAACUUAUGAGGUUUGGCAGAGUGCCAUCUUCAAAGUCGGCGACGACUGUCGGCAAGACGUCCUCGCGCUGCAGAUGAUUGCAGCUUUCCGUGGCAUCUUCAACUCGAUCGGCCUGGAUGUCUACGUCUUUCCAUAUCGUGUCACCGCGACAGCGCCUGGCUGUGGCGUCAUUGACGUACUUCCGAACUCUAUCAGUCGCGACAUGUUGGGCCGGGAAGCAGUCAAUGGGCUGCAUGACUACUUCAUCACCAAAUACGGCGGCGAACAUUCCGUACGGUACCAGGAAGCCCGCAGUGAAUUCGUGAAGAGCAUGGCGGCAUAUUCUGUCAUCACGUACCUCUUACAGUUCAAGGACCGCCACAAUGGAAACAUCAUGAUUGACGACAAAGGCCACAUUCUCCACAUUGACUUUGGAUUCUGUUUCGACAUCGCGCCGGGCGGAGUCAAAUUCGAACGGGCCCCUUUCAAAUUGACGCCUGAAAUGAUCGCCGUCAUGGGCGGCGACGACCCUCAUACCAGUCAACCAUAUCGCUGGUUCGAGGAGCUGACGAUCAAGGCCUUCCUGGCCAGCCGCCCCUACUGCGACAAGCUCAGUCACUUGGUGAGUUUGAUGCUAGACAGCGGGUUACCGUGCUUCAAGCCGGAGACGAUGAGGAACUUCAAGCAGAGAUUCGUGCUGGAAAAGACCGAGCGAGAGGCUGCCGAUUUCAUGUUGGGAUGCAUCAAGAAGAGCGCGGCGAACGUGACAACCAAAGUGUACGACGAGUUCCAACUGAUCACUAAUGGAAUUCCGUACUAG